GGGUGCAGCCGCCUCCCGGGCUAGGACAACAAACCCUGCGGUGGCGGCGGCGCGCGGCGGGGGCGGGGCAGCGGCGGCUCGUGCGACGCGGCGGCUGGUGCCGGACAAUGGAGGCAGCAGCGGUGGCGGCGGCGGCGGGGGGCCCGAGCUGGGCGGCGGCGGCGGCGGGGGGGGAGCGGGCGGCGCUGAGCGGGGAGAACGAGGCCGAGAGCCGGCAGGGCCCGGCGGAGCGCAGCGGCGAGGCGGCGCCGCUCAACCUGUUGGACACUUGCGGCGUGUGCGGGCAGCCCAUCCAGAGCCGGCGGCCCAAGCUGCUGCCUUGCCUGCACUCGCUCUGCCUGCGCUGCUUGCCGCUGCCCGAGCGCUACCUCAUGCUGCCGCCCCCCGCGCCCGCCGCCCCCCGCGACCCGCCGCCCGCCGCCUCGCCACUGCACUGCACGACCGUUGGUGUUAUCCGCUGUCCAAUUUGUGGUCAGGAAUGUGCAGAGAGACACAUCAUAGAUAAUUUUUUUGUAAAGGAUACCACAGAGGUUCCCAGUAGCACAGUGGAAAAGUCAAAUCAGGUCUGCACAAGCUGUGAAGACAAUGCAGAAGCAAAUGGUUUUUGUGUGGAAUGUGUAGAAUGGUUGUGUAAGACCUGUAUCAGAGCUCAUCAAAGAGUUAAAUUCACAAAGGAUCACACAGUCAGACAGAAAGAGGAAGUAUCUCCAGAGGCAGUUGGUGUAACCAGUCAGCGACCUGUGUUUUGCCCUUCCCACAAAAAGGAACAGUUAAAACUCUAUUGUGAAACUUGUGACAAGUUGACAUGCCGGGACUGCCAGUUACUGGAACACAAAGAGCACAGAUACCAGUUUAUAGAAGAAGCUUUUCAGAACCAGAAAGUGAUCAUUGAGACGCUUAUCACCAAGCUAAUGGAGAAGACUAAAUACAUAAAGUUUACAGGGAAGCAGAUCCAAAACAGAAUCCUUGAAGUGAACCAGAACCAAAAGCAAGUUGAACAGGACAUUAAAGUCGCUAUAUUUACACUGAUGGUGGAAAUAAACAAAAAGGGUAAAGCUCUGUUGCAUCAGUUAGAGAGUCUGGCAAAAGAACAUCGGAUGAAACUUCUGCAGCAACAGCAGGAAGUGGCAGGUCUUUCUAAACAACUGGAACAUGUCAUGAAUUUUUCCAAAUGGGCAGUUUCCAGUGGGAGCAGCACAGCAUUGCUAUACAGCAAACGUCUGAUUACAUAUCGGCUACGAUAUCUCCUUCGAGCACGAUGUGAUGCCUCACCAGCGAGUAGCAACACCAUCCAGUUUCAUUGUGAUCCUAGCUUCUGGGCUCAAAAUAUUUUCAAUCUAGGUUCUUUGGUAAUUGAAGAUAAAGAAACUCCACCACACGUGCCCAAGAGCCCUGUGAUGGAACCAAAUUUACAGCCACAAAGUGGUUUACCUACAAACCAGCUAUCCAAGUUUCCAACACAGAUCAAUUUAGCUCAGCUACGACUCCAGCACAUGCAGCAACAGGUUAUGGCUCAAAGGCAACAGGCUCAGCGGAGGGCAGGUCCAGUGGGUCUACCAAAUCCGAGAGUUCCAGGACCAGUGCAGCAAGCUCCUACUCAUCAGCAUCCACCUCCACGCUUGAUUAACUUUCAGAAUCACAGCCCCAAGUCUAAUGGGUCAGUUCUUCCUGCACAACCACAGAUGAGGUUUCCCCAGACCCAGAACCAGAGCAUACCAAAACAAAACAUAAAACCCAACCCAUUACAGAUGGCAUUCUUGGCACAGCAAGCUAUCAAACAGUGGCAGAUCAGCAGUGGACAAACUUCAGCUGCCCCAUCAACUGCAAGUAGCACAACAUCCACCCCAUCCAGUCCCACAGUUACUAGUGCUGCAGGAUAUGACGGAAAGACGUAUGGUCCACCUCUGAUAGAUUUGAGUUCUCCACUGGGUAGCUCCUAUAACCUACCUUCUCUUCCUGAUAUUGAUUGUUCGGGAAACAUUACACUGGACAAUAUUGUGAGGAAAGAUGGCAUUGUAGAGCAUACACAGCCAAAACCCCUUUCAAACAGAACUGUCCAGUCUCCAAAUUCAUCAGUGCCAUCUCCAGGCCUCUCUGGAGCAGUAAGCAUGACUAAUAUCCAUCCUCCAAUUCGCUCACCCAGUGCUUCUAGUGUCGGAAGUAGAGGCAGGAUUGUAUUUAUAAAGGGGAAAAAAGACAUUACUGUAAUCCCAAUGAAAAAUAACCAAAAAAGCUCUGGCUCAUCCAGCAGACCACCUGGAGCUGAUUCUACCCACAGAGUCCCUGUUGUCAUGUUGGAGCCAAUCAGGAUUAAACAGGAAUCUAGUGCACCAAGUGAGAACUAUGAUUUCCCAAUUGUCAUAGUAAAACAAGAAACAGAUGAAGAAUCCCGUCCUCGAAAUGCCAACUUUUCAAGAAGCAUACUUACCUCAUUGUUGUUGGAUAACAAUCAUAAUUCCUCUUCUGAUGAAACUGUUUUAAGAACAGAUGCUCCAGAUAGCACAGGUGACCAACCAAGGAUACUUCAGGAGAGCACAUCUAAUGGAAAGACAACAUGGAUAGGUGCCUCUCACAUUGGGGAUAGCAGAAAAGAGGAUGACCCCAAUGAGGACUGGUGUGCAGUGUGUCAAAAUGGAGGGGAGCUCCUUUGUUGUGAGAAAUGUCCAAAAGUAUUCCACCUUACUUGUCAUGUCCCUACACUGAUGAACUUUCCAAGUGGAGAAUGGAUUUGCACAUUCUGUCGGGACUUGUCCAAGCCAGAAGUAGAAUAUGAUUGUGAUAACCCCAGUAACAAUGCUGAGAAAAGAAAAUUGGAAGGAUAUACAGGAUUGGCACCAAUUGACCGGAGGAAGUGUGAAAGGUUACUGCUGUACCUCUACUGCCAUGAAAUGAGCCUUGCUUUUCAAGAUCCAGUUCCUCCCACGGUACCUGAUUACUACAAAAUAAUCAAGAAGCCAAUGGACCUGUCAACUAUCAAAAACAGAUUGCAAGUAAACCAUUCAUUCUACUCAAAGCCAGAGGAUGUUGUGACUGAUUUCAGACUGAUUUUCCAAAACUGUGCUGAAUUUAAUGAGCCUGAUUCAGAAGUAGCAGAUGCUGGCAUGAAACUUGAAGUGUACUUUGAAGAGCUUCUAAAUAACAUUUAUCCUGAGAAGAAAUUCCCUGUACAACCUCACUCCCGGGUUGAGAAUGAAAAUUCAGAACUUGCUGAUGACUCGGACGAUGAUUUUGUACAGCCCCGGAAAAAACGUCUCAAAGUAGAAGACCGCCAGUUCCUUAAAUGAAUCGCAUGUACUGUUACGAAGCUUUUUUUAAACUAAAAAGUAUUUAUCUGUCAAUUGUCAAGAAGGAAAAUCAUGACCAUUUUGACCUGUAGGUUUGUGAUGUUUACUAGACUUUUUUUCUCCGCCCUUCAAACACACAAAUCUACUGGAAAUUGAGGCAUGUGGAGAGACUUUUCUGUGAAGUUCAGUACUUACAUCCCACUUUUGGAAUACCACUAAAAGAGCAACCUGAGGUGACAGUUGCUCAACUCUGCUUAAGGGAAGAAAAAAAGAUUUUGUACAGAAUUAAACUGUAAAAUGUUACAUGAGUUCAUCAUGUGGCUUUCUCACGUUUUGAGAAAAUGUGAUAUCACCAGACAUUAAUUCUACCAAAGGCAUGUGGCUGGCCAUAAUUUGAGUUUUGUACUGUAUUUAACCCCAAGCCAUGAAAGCAGAUGAUGUAAUAUUGUUGUCCUAGGAUACCUGACUGGUACAAUGGAAGUGUAGUUGCCCCCAAAGAAAUUACUGGUGAUAAUUUGAAACGUGGGGAGUGUAUUAAAAUAUAUUAAAAAAAAAAA